AUCGCUUACAGUGUUUUCCCACUCAAACUACUUCUGCAAAUUCAAAGCAGUCAUUAAAUCUCUAGUUAGUUCGCGCCGAUGUCCACUGUGGUAAACAUGAGUUUUGUGUUAAGUGUUUUUACGAUAUUCUUGCUGGGCGCUGUCUCCGGUCAACGAUUUGUCGGUGAUGUAUGCACCUUGCAGUCAACUGGAUCGGGGGAAGUCUGCAAAUUGUUGACUGAUUGUCCAAAAGCUCAAGAGGAACUACGAAAAAACCGCUUUCCUCAAACAUGUGGGUUUCAAGGAACACAGCCAAUAGUAUGUUGCCCAGAAAGUCAGACAGUGACACCCGAAACAACCACAGUAGAAGAAACAACUCCACCACGGCGAAAACCAGGCGAUAUGAGUAAAAGAAGAUGUAGAGAGUACUCUCGCUACGUGUAUGAAUCAAAAGUACCACCAAUUGCAUUAAUUAAUGUAUCGGAAGUCACAAGAAACGAAUGUGGCCAUAAAGUAGUCAAACUGAUUGUAGGUGGAGAACCAGCUGGACGAAAAGAAUUUCCCCACAUGGCCGCAAUUGGAUACGAACCAACUCCUGGAGACGUGGAAUGGCUCUGUGGUGGAACGAUCAUAAGCAACAAAUUUAUCUUAACAGCUGCACAUUGCCUGAGUGAUCCAAAUGCAGGAGAUGCUUUGUGGGUAAGACUUGGAGUGAACAAACUUAACGAUAUAAGUACCCAUCGGCAACAACUAAAGAUAGUUGAACGAAUAGCUCAUCCUGAAUACAAAUCGAAUUCUCAUUACCAUGACAUAGGAUUGUUAAAAUUAGAAAAACCAGCUAAAAUGAACCCAUACGCACGACCAGCGUGCCUUUAUUUGUCACCAGAAAUUUCAGCUCAAAGAUCUAUAGCAACAGGGUGGGGUCAAACGUCUUGGGGUGGUGAUGGCAGCAACGAGUUACUUAAAGUGAUUAUUGAUCUCUUUGAUCGGGAAACUUGCGACCCGUUCUACCGGAAUCAAAGAAAACUUAAAAAAGGUAUCUUAAAUGACAUUCAAGUUUGUGCCGGCUCGCUGGACGAAGAAAAAGACACUUGCCAGGGAGACUCUGGAGGUCCGUUACAAAUCUAUCACAUUGGUGACAAAAUCACAUGUAUGUAUGACAUAGUGGGUGUAACGUCCUUUGGGAAAGGUUGUGCAGGUAGUCCAGGAGUCUAUGUGAGAGUUUCACAUUAUAUCAAAUGGAUAGAAGAUACUGUUUGGCCAUAGAUUUUUUAAUUUAAAUUAUAUUAUAUACCAUGUACAUGCUGUUAUGACUGAUUCCUAUACCGACAAUUUAUAAUUUUAUAUCACAAUAAAUAUAGUUAAGUAUUAAUCUCAUUCUACUUCGCUAUGUUCUUAAAUUAACAUGUGACGUUCAUACACCCAGUGUAAAUAGCAAAUUAGAAAACAUUUUUUAAAUCAUUUUGAAGAACUGUUGGUUUUUAACAAACCUGAAUAUAAUAUGCAUUUAGCGAAUAAUAUAAAGUUGUUAAUGUU